AUGCCCAAACCAACUCCCACAACCAUCCCCCAAAACCCCCUCUCCCAAUCCUUAACCACCCCCCCACCCCCUUCAGCAGGCCGCAUCUUCCUGCACUCCCAAUUCUGCACCAAACCCCAACGCCUGUCCCUCACCCCCUCCACCACCCUCACCAACCAAACGGCCCUCAUCACCGGCGGCAACGCCGGCCUCGGCUACCACGCCGCUCGCCACUUGCUCUCCCUCAAUCUCUCCCGUCUCAUCCUCGCUGUUCGCUCCCCUGCUAAGGGCGAGGAGGCGGCACGGGUGUUGAGGAGGGAUUUUCCGAGGGCGAGGGUGGAGGUUUGGGAGUUGGAGAUGGGUGGGUAUGAAUCGGUGAUGGGGUUUGUGGAGAGGGUGAAGGGGGAGUUUGGGAAUGGGAAUGGGAAUGGGAAGGGAGAUGGGGAGGAUGCAAAGGGGGAGAAGAAGAAGAGGUUGGAUAUGGUGAUUUUGAACGCGGGGAUGAUGGGGGCAGAAUUUAUGAAGGACAAACAGACGGGUCAUUGUCAGGUGGUGCAGGUGAAUUAUUUGUCGACGUUUUUGUUGGCGAUUUUGUUGUUGCCUAUCCUGCGGACGACGAACACCAGCACGACCGGUCAGCAACAGAACCGGAAGCCAGGGAGGUUGACGAUCGUCAGUUCAGGCGGUGUCUUCGCAGGCGCUAAACUCCCCAACCGCGGCGAACGACCCUUCCUCGCAUCCUUCGACACGCCCCCUUCCCCAACGCAACCAUUCGACGUUCAGGAACGGUACUUCGGCAGCAAAGCGCUCGGGCAUCUGUUCUUCGUACGGCUGCUCCCGUAUCUCCCGCCGGCUAGCGAGGUGAUCGUGAAUUUAGUGGAUCCGGGGUUUUGCAAGGGGACGCAGUUGCAUCGCGAGGCGGAAGGGUUUGCGAGCGCAAUGUGGGCGGUCGGGAAGGCGGUUACGGGCCGGUCGUUGGAGGAUGGGGCGUGGACGUAUGUGGAUGCGGUGGUUGCGAAGGGGGAAGAGUCGCAUGGGUGCUUUUUGAUGGAUUGGAAGAUUUUUGGGUUUUACUACGCGGUGUAUGAGCCGGAGGGAGAAGAGUUGAUGGAUGUCUUGUUUGAGGAGACCAUGGCCGAGUUGGAGUUUGCGGGUAUCAGGGGUAUUUUGGAGGGGUUGAAGCAGAAAUAA